UUGGUGACGGACUGAAAGCAAACGCGGAGUCGACGCUGGAGGGAGAUUUGAGGCGCGUGGAAGGUUGUUGGCCUCAAACUUGGCUAGCGAUUUUUGUGCUUCCUGCGUUUGUCGUUAUAACUUAUUCUUUACAUCAUGUCAGAGGACAUCGACAUAAAAACAACGCCGAGAGGGUUUCAGUGCACCCUGUGCAACGUCAAUUUAUCCAACUCGGCAAGUUUGGAUCAGCAUCUGAAAGGGAAGAAGCAUCAGACACUGAGUGGCGUGCGCGCCACUAGAAAGACCCAGGAAGACCACAGCGUGUUCGUUGGUGGCAUCAAUCCUGAGAUCUCCCAAACUGACUUAGCGGAGUAUUUUCAGCAGUUUGGGUCAGUCGCAGAUGUCAUCAUUGACAAAGACAAGGGUGUGUAUGCCAUCGUGCAAUUCAGCGAGACAGACAGCAUCCAAGCAGCUCUGUCCUGUAUUGAGCAUAAGCUGAAAGGCCUGAAGCUGCGCGUCAAACCUCGGGAAAAGAAGAAUUUCAAGUUGAUUCCCAAGAAGAAGAACGAUCCCGAGAACCUCCAACAAGUUCUUGACUGCCUUAAACCCGACUUGUGUCAGUUGGUGUCUGUGAACGCCCAGAUGCAGCAUGUUGUUGAGCAAUUUCAGCUGGGAGAAAAUGAAAAGAAUGCCCGAAGCUUGCUGGUUCAACUCAUGCAGGAGAUUUUUGUAGAGUUUUUCCCAGACAGCCAGAUUCUCCCAUUUGGUUCAUCUGUCAACACGUUUGGCAUCCAUUCAUGUGACCUGGACCUGUUCUUAGACCUAGAACACACCAAGGUGUUCCAGGCUCAUGCCAAGUCAACCACAGAACAGCCAGGGGAAGGCGUGUCAGACGAUGGGCGGUCUGAGGACUCUAUACUGUCUGAUAUCGACCUGUCCACAGCCGCUCCAGCUGAGGUUCUCGACCUCGUGGCGAUGAUCCUGAAACGCUGCGUCCCCAGCGUGCAUAAAGUCCACGUGGUCAGCAGCGCUCGUCUCCCCGUUGUCAAAUUCCAUCACCGUGAGCUUAACCUGCAGGGGGACAUCACCAUUAAUAACAGACUAGCAGUAAGAAACACCCGCUUCCUCCAGCUGUGCUCAGGGAUUGAUGAAAGGCUGAGGCCUCUUGUGUACACGAUCCGGUACUGGGCCAAGCAGAAGCAGCUUGCCGGUAAUCCCAGUGGUGCCGGUCCCCUUCUGAACAACUACGCUCUCACGCUGCUGAUCAUCUUCUUCUUGCAAAACUGUGAGCCUGCUGUCCUCCCUACAGUGGAUCAGCUCAAAGACUUGGCCUGUGAGGAGGAAGAGUGUGUGAUUGAAGGCUGGAACUGCACCUUCCCCAGUCAGCCAAUUGCUGUUCCCCCCAGCAAGAACACUCAGCAGCUCUGUACCCUGCUGGCUGCCUUCUUCUCCUUUUAUGCCAAGUUUGAUUUUGCAAGUAGUGUUAUAUCUGUUAGGGAGGGCCGUUCAUUUCCAAUCACAGAUUUCCUCAGUCAGAAUAAAGAGGACGAUGCUUUGCAAGAGGACCAGUCCACCAAGGCCCAUCAGCAACGUCCCAAACUUGGCCCCCUAAACCUCUUAGACCCCUUUGAGCUUUCCCACAAUGUAGCAGGAAACCUGAAUGAACGGUGUCAGCGCAGCUUUCAGAGGGAGUGCCAAGAGGCUGAGAAGUACUGCCGCAGCCUGCAGUAUCAGCGAAAAUCUACUAAGGGGAAACCGUGGGGCCUGGUGCGCUUAUUUAGCCCACAUGGGGAAGCAACACCGUGCAAAACAGAGCAGCUGACCAUCAGUAUCCCGUUCAAGUCGGCCUCGCUCCCAGAACGACUGCGCAACGAACUGCACGCAGCGGGAGACGGUUUCCGGCUGCUGUGGUUUCAGAGAGUUUGCUCUGCUGUGGAGGAAGUACUGAAAAACAUUCUCAAGUGUCACCUCGCUCCCUCUAAAGAUGCUGUAUUUGGCGAGGACUCGUCCAUUUCUGCUGAGGAAAUGGAAACUACACAAGCUUCUGUCACAUCGUCACUCAGUGACAGCUUUGACGGUGCUGAAGCCCAAAUCGAAGCCAGCCCUCUGGGUACAGUUGUUAUCGGUGGCAAGAGGCCGCUGUCUUCUGGCAGUGAUGCUUCGGUGUCGCCGCAAGGCAAAAAGCCAAGAAUGGCGAGACGAGGGAAGCCUGAGCUCCUGGCAUGGAUGUGCAUGCAAAAACACGUAGUGUGGGCGGGCAGGAGGAAAGUGAAACGGGAGCUGAUCAAAGAUGCUGACUCGAGGCCAGAGGGCAGCUGUGUGGAGCUGGAGUCCCAGGUUACGGCUUUCAUCAUUGAAAAAGAGCCAGAGCUCAAGGAACCCCUGGAGUUUAAUGUUCAGCCCCAGAUGCUGGGAGGAACAGAAAGCACAAGGGCAGUGCUCAAGUUAGAGCCGAGCAGCGACAAGACAGGAGUGUUUCAAGACUUCUUUCAUUUCCUGGAAGCUUUCUUACCCAAGAUGGUAGAGACAUUGUUAGAAAAAGAAGAGGCUAGUGCUUAAAAGGCAAUAUGUUUCCCUAAAUGAAAGAUUUUUUUUGUAUUAGUUAUGAAAAAAAGAUGCAGUAAAUGCUGUGUAAAUGAAUCAUUAAAAAAAGGGACAAACAGCUGUCUAUUAUAUGUUUUUAAUGGUUUUCAUUCAUACUGUACGUUUGUACUUCUGAGUUCUUGAAUAUUUCACAUUUGAGGUUCUGAUUGGCCCAUUUUUAAGUUUAACGUGACUUAGUUUUACUGUCUUAUUUUUAAAGUCAUUCUGUUUGGUUUAACAGCUCCACAUCUUGUUUUCAGCUGAAUAAAGUCCUUUUGUAAAAA